UCCUUGAUCUUUCCCUACUUGCCUUUACCAUAUACUUGGUUUGGAUUGCAUUAAUGGACUAACUAAUAAGAGAACUCUAAAAAGGAAAAAUUAAAAAGGGACAGUAAGAGAACUAAAUUUUGUAGCAACUGCUUGAUGGGGAACCUCUGUGGGAGAUCUGCUGAGUGCUCAGUUGCUGCUUCUUCCUCUUUUCAUGCUUCUUCCUCUUUUCAUGCAGAUGAAACAUCACCUGCUGCGAAUUUGAACUCCUUCAGCUUGAAUGAUCUCAAGUUAGCCACCGAAAACUUCGACUGGAAUUCACUUCUCGGCAAAGGGUCGUUCGGGCGUGUCUACAAAGGGUGGAUUGAUGAGGAAACUUUUGCCCCUACAAAACCAGGAGUCGGUAUCGCUGUCGCCGUUAAGAAACAUAAAUCAGAAAGUCAUUGGGGGCGUAACGAAUGGCAGGCAGAAGUCACUUACUUGGGCCGUCUUCACCACGAAAAUAUUAUAAAACUUGUCGGUUACUGCGCAGAAUCUGACAGCAAAAUUCUUGUGUAUGAGUAUAUGCCUGGAGGCAGCUUGGCAAACCAUUUAUUCAGAGAGGCACAGCCGAUUUCUUGGGAAAUGCGUAUCAGCAUUGCGGUCGAUGUCGCUCGAGCACUAUCAUUCUUACAUAGCUUGGAAACUCAAGUGAUCUACCGCGAUUUGAAGUCCUCCCAUGUUCUCCUUGACUCGGACUUCAGAGCAAAACUGUCAGAUUUCGGUCUGGCACGGAACGGUCCAACUGGGGAUGAAACACAUGUUUCGACUUGCGUUGUUGGAACCGUUGGUUUUGCUGCUCCAGAGUAUAUUACAACAGGUCACUUAACUGCGAAAUGCGACGUAUACAACUUCGGGGUGUUAUUGUUAGAACUCAUAUCUGGAAGGAAAGCAGGGUCACAUUUACAUGAGAAAAGAGAGAUACCUAGAAUGAUGGACGCGAGGCUCGAGGGUCGGUACCCGAGGAAAGAAGCCAAAGCUGUUGCUGCUCUUGCUUUCAGGUGCACACAUGCUGAUCCGAGAAAGCGGCCGAACAUGGCAGAGGUGCUGACAGCAUUAGAAGAGAUCAAACAAUCUAAAGAUACUUCAAUUGCUCAAGCACACUGAAGGAAGAUUUCGGCCCUCGGGAGACUCUUAGCUCUUAUGUUCUUGUUGCUCUAUCCCCCUUACUAAUAUAAACUCAUACACAGAAUGAUUGGCUUAAAGCAAUACUAAAUAAAUGAAAUAAAUGGGUUUUUCUCUUUUUAA